CAAAUUAUAGUUUUUUUCCUAAAAAUUUUUUUUUUAUAAAACUGUUUAAAAAAACAAAAUCUCUUUUCUCAUUUUCUUAUCACUUAAGUUGUUUACAAAUAAAACAACGGUUAAUUUUUAACGUUCUUCCCAAAAAGUGCUACCAAGUUUUCAAAAAACAAUGAAAAGGCAUUACUUUUUCGCAAUAGGUAGACAAAAAUUUGUUUUUUUUUUAGUAUACUACAACUUGAUGUGACUUCCUCCAGUGUUUUUUCUUGGAAAAUAUUGAUUAUUGUAAAGAAAAUUUUUCAACAAUAAACUGUAAAAUCUUAAAAACUAUUUAAAGCAAAGGAAAAAUAUGACUGACAUACAAUUAAAUACAAACGCCAGCGAUAAAAUGGCUUCUUUGAUGAAGGAAGCGGAAAAUUUAAAGCUGAAACUGGAAGAAGAACGCCAAAAGUUGAAUGAUGUUAGUCUUUCGUCUAUAGCAGAACGGUUGGAGCCCAUUUCCUAUGUUAAUAUAAAACCACGUAAGGUGCUCAAGGGUCAUCAGGCGAAAGUUUUGUGCACCGAUUGGAGUCCAGACAAACGUCACAUAAUCUCUUCUUCACAAGAUGGCAGAUUAAUUAUAUGGGAUGCUUUUACCACCAAUAAAGAGCAUGCUGUUACCAUGCCAACUACCUGGAUAAUGGCCUGUGCUUAUGCCCCCUCGGGUAAUUAUGUGGCUUGCGGUGGUUUGGACAACAAGGUAACAGUUUAUCCCAUUACCAGUGAUGAGGAGAUGGCUGCCAAGAAACGUACGGUGGGUACCCACACCUCCUAUAUGUCCUGUUGCAUUUAUCCGAAUUCGGAUCAGCAGAUCUUAACGGGUAGUGGUGAUUCAACUUGUGCUUUGUGGGAUGUGGAAUCUGGCCAGCUAUUGCAAAGUUUCCAUGGUCAUUCGGGUGAUGUAAUGGCCAUUGAUUUGGCUCCUAACGAGACAGGAAAUACUUUCGUAUCGGGCAGUUGUGAUCGUAUGGCUUUCAUAUGGGAUAUGCGUUCGGGUCAAGUGGUCCAAUCGUUUGAAGGCCAUCAAUCGGAUGUGAACAGUGUUAAAUUUCAUCCUAGUGGUGAUGCCAUUGCUACCGGUUCCGAUGACAGCAGUUGUCGUUUAUUUGAUAUGCGUGCCGAUCGUGAAGUGGCUGUUUUCUCUAAGGAAAGCAUCAUUUUUGGGGUAAAUUCUGUGGAUUUCUCGGUUAGUGGCCGUUUAUUGUUUGCUGGCUAUAAUGAUUACACUGUCAACUUAUGGGAUACUCUAAAAUCAGAACGUAUUUGUUUGUUAUACGGUCAUGAGAAUAAGGUAUCUUGUGUGCAGGUGUCACCAGAUGGCACAGCUUUAUCCACCGGCAGUUGGGAUUAUACUAUACGUGUUUGGGCUUAAGGAGGGAUUUAAACUUAAUAUCAUUUUUCGUUAAAAUGAGAAGAAAAUACAUGUUCGUUUGCAGUUGGGAACAGAUUUGGUAACAGUUUUCUUGAGAAAAUGUUUUUUUGGAACAUUUAAAAAAAAUCCACAAAGCAGUUCAAGAAAAAUGUUUUUCUUGCAAAGCUUUUCCUUUAGAAAAUAUUGCACUGGGAAUAGUUUAAAACAUUUUCUUGGGGAUUAUUUAUUAAAAAGCGUUCUCUGGGAACAGUUUUCUAACUCAUUUUAAUUGAAAAUAGUUUUAGCCAAAUAUAAUAUGCUCUUACUUGUACUCUGAUAUAUUUUAAAGCAUAAAUUCUGUAGUUUGUUGUAAAAUGUUAACUUAAUUAUUUAAUAAAUGUAAUUUAAACAA